AUGACAGACUCGUCUGAUCCAGAGUUCACUGCAUCGUUGUUACCUUUCUCCCAAGCCGACUGCACUAUAGAGCGUGCAGGAUCCAUCGUUUUUGACCCCCCCACUUCGCGACAGAAUCUUUGCAUUGCUGUAAAUUUGAAAUAUAUCAUUGACAAGACUAUCCCGCUGGCAAUAGACAUUCAUAAAGUUACCUGCGAAAAUUCUGCUGUUAUUACUGAUGACAUUGUACAACUAGCCUACGAAGCGUGCGGUGGUAAUGCAAACGACAAGAGCUCUCUGUUGAAAUACAGAUCUGUCAUCAUAUUUGCCCUAUUGAAUGUGUAUAAGUGGUACGAGGCUUUGUCAAUACAGGAACUGCACAGCUUUGACUUAUAUCAAGUCAGAGCAGCAGCCGCCCAGCAACUGUGUAAAAUUGUGAUCGAUAGAGAGGAGACAAGAGACCUCCAUUUUACCUUUUUGCAGCUGUUAUUACGGCGGUACUCGAUAAAUGAAAAUGAUGAAGACUCUGAGCAUUUGAACUCUUUGGAGUUAGCUACUGAUUUACACUGUACCAUAGUAAUCGGGUGCAGCGGGUUCCAGAGAUGCUUGAAAUGGAUAUGGCGAGGCUGGAUUAUUCAAAGCAGACUAGAUCCGAAAACUUUCAUUAAAGAUGAAACUGUUUCUUCGUUGCGGUUUCUCGAUCAUUUCAACCCAGACAGAAUCAAGACACCAAUGUACCAAAAUAUCUUACAAUUGGUAUUUUGUGUCAUAUUUCUGAUUUUGUAUACACUGGUUGUCAACGGGAAGCAUUCCAAAGCUGUCGAACCUUUGGAUUUCACAGAAGUUGUGUUUUAUCUGUUCACUUUUGGUCAUAUUUCUUCGGAAAUUUCCAAGUUUUACUACAUUGGAUAUGCAUAUUUUUCCUUUUGGACCUGUUUUAACGAUAUCAUGUACUCAAUAAUUUGCAUUUCGAUGUAUUUGAGAUUCGUGUGCUUUAGUCCCAUGAAAACAACGUACCCGCCCGAAUAUUGGGACCGAAUUUCCUACAGAAUUUUAUCAUGCGCGGCACCUUUUGUUUGGUCUCGACUACUGCUAUACCUUGAAUCUCAAAGAUUUGUCGGUAUAAUGCUUGUAGUCUUGAAGCACAUGAUGACUGAAUCGUUGGUAUUUUUUGUGCUACUGUUUUUGAUUACCGUCGGGUUUUUGCAAGGGUUUUUGGGGCUGGACUCCUCUGACGGGGAAAGGAAUAUCACCGUCCCAAUUUUGGUUAACCUGAUCAUUACGGUGCUGGGUGCCGGCAGUUUUGCUACUUUUGAAAAUUUCGUGCCGCCCUAUGCGGGAGUACUGUACUACGGCUACUGCUUCAUUGUUUCCGUUAUACUAUUGAAUAUUUUGAUUGCACUAUACUCGAAUGCUUAUCAAAAAGUGGUUGACAACGCUGAUGAAGAGUAUAUGGCACUGAUGUCUCAAAAGGCUUUGAGGUACAUCCGUGCUCCUGAUGAAGACGUUUACGUUUCGCCAUUCAAUUUGAUUGAACUCCUUAUGGUCCCAGUAAUGAAGGUUUUAGAUAAAAGGAGCCAGAGGGCUUUAAGUCAUUUUGUAAUGACGUUUUUGUACGCCCCAAUGUUGUUGUUCGUUUCCUUCAAGGAAAUCGGGGAGGCCAGGAGAAUCAAGUAUAACCGAAUGAAACGUCUACCGGAUGAUGCAAAUGAAAGUGACACGAUCUGGGAUUUGACAGAUGGUUAUGUCGACAACCAUGAUAAUAUUUUUUCCACUGACAAUAGGUCUGGGAUCCAUGCCACGCAGAAGAAAAAUAGAGAGUCGUUAUCAAUGCAAAGGCAGGCUGAAAGGCUGGAUAUAAACUUCUUAGUACCCGAAGGCUGGUUUAAGAAGGUAAAGACUAUUAUUGAGGAGAAGGACGUUGACCCACUAGAGAAGUUUACUGAAAAUCUUCAGCGCAGCGUCGAUGAAAGAUUAGACAGUACAGACCAAAAAAUCGAGCAGUUGAUUAAAACAAUCGACCAGCUGAGCAAUAUGUUAAAGGAGCUCAAGGGACAAAAAGAGGAGGCCCAUUAG